UUCUAGGCUUUCGGAAAACCUCAGGUAUCAUGUCGAGGUGACACUCUCAAUACAAACUCCGCUGUCCACUGCUCUAGAUCCACAAUGGCAUCCUUGCGAUCCGCUCGCCCAUCGGUGCACCGCUACACGCGUCUUCCCCAGCGCCUCCCCCAACGGCGAACCUUCCUCCCCAACCCUUUCGAAGCACUAAACUCCGCCCUCCCAUCUUCGUCCUCGCCACCUCAAAUCCUGACCGCCGUGCGAACUCUCCCUUACCCCUCGGACCCCGUCUACUCCAUCAUAGCCGACGUACCCAACUACCAAAACUUCCUGCCCUACUGCCAACGCAGCGACAUAACGAAGUGGUCGGCACCAGAUAAAGUUCAUGGCCGGCGGUGGCCAUCAGAAGGCAUCUUGACGAGCGGCUUUGGUGGCAUAACCGAGAGUUUCGUGAGUAGGGUGUAUUGCAUACCGGGACGCUAUGUGGAAAGUGUAGGCGGGAACACGGAAACGAGCUUGAAGAUUGACGAUAUCGCCCAUCACUUAGAUGGGGAGAAGCAGGGAACAGAGAGGAAACAAGGCGAAAAUGGUUUGCUUACCCAUCUACGGAGUACGUGGACUGUCGAGUCUAUCCAGAACGACCAGACACAGGUUAGUUUGGCGGUAGAGUUUGCUUUUGCAAAUCCCAUGUACGCGGCCUUGAGUGGGGGCGUCGCGCCCAAGGUGGCAGAAUUCAUGGUCAAGGCUUUCGAAAAGAGGGUGCGAGAGCUGUUGAACAACAACCCGGACAUGGUAAAGGCGAGUUUAGCGGAGCUGGAUGGCAGUCGAUUGAAGAGGUAGCACAUGGUCUUCAUCAGAGGGCUACAGCAAAUCCAAACGAAUGGACAAACAAUCAUGUUCGGUCUGUGUGUGCAUCAAUCGCAAUAACAUUCUUCGUCCACUACUUCAUGCUCUCGAAAUACUUCUUAAAUCGCGGCUCGCGCUCCAGAUCACAUCGCAACACCGCGUCAUAACAGCUCAUCAGCAGCUGCGGGAACUUGACCGUCCAAUAUCUCAGAUAGCCACUCGGCAAUGGCCCCACCUUGGCCUUGAUUGCAUCCUCCAUAUCCUCGUAGUGGUUUUUCUUGUUCCUGAGCGCUCUCAACAGAUCCAGCAUCUUGUCGCCCGUAUACUUGCGCUGUUUUCCGAGCGAGUUGAUGAAACUCUGGUCAAGUUUGGCGAGGAAGUUGCGUCUAUGAUCCAGUACGUC